AUGUAUAUUUCGGCACAAAUGGAAGAUCCAGCAAAGUUUAUGAUUGAUAUCGGAACGGGUUAUUUUGUCGAAAUGUCAAAUGAACAAGCUGCCGAUUAUUUCAAACGAAAGCAACAAUAUCUGAAGAAACAGAUGGAAACAAUCGAAAAAAUCUUACCAGAAAAGCAACAGGUACGAAAUAUUAUAAUGGAAAAUCUUAAGAAAAAAAUUCAGUUAUUGUGUGCUCACAUGCCAGCAGUAUCAGAGUUGAUGGUCGUAAAUGUGAUGAAUUUCGCAGCAUUAAAGUUGUUCUUGGUGCAGAGCUGGGAACAUGUAUUGCAAUUAUUGGACAUACGAAAUAAGAUAUUUGUUCAGAUAAGUUGUAAUUUGACUGAACCUACCUCUGCACGCGGAAACAUGGGUUCAGUGGAGGUUCACGUAAGAAUGUCCCCGAUGGCCGCACCAACUUACGAAGAUGGAAAACUUGGGUCUAAAGGCAUUGAAUUGAUGCGUGUUUUGGAGAUUCUGCUAAGGGAUUGUGGUGUUAUUGAUUUAGAAUCGUUAUGCAUAAGGAAAUAUAAACAGAUAUGGUCGAUUCGCGUCGAUGUACAUAUUUUAGAUGAUGAUGGUUCAUUAAUUGAUUGUGCCUCAGUUGCUGUUCUUACUGCUCUUGUGCAUUUUAAAAGACCUGAUGUUAAUGUCCUAUCUGAUUCCGUGAUAAUUUAUGGUAGUAGUCAGAAGAUGCCAAUUCCACUCAACAUAUAUCAUUUGCCAAUCUGUGUAUCUUUUGGAGUUUAUGACGAUACGCAGCCUGCAGUGUUAGAUCCAACUGAUCGAGAAGAAAUGUGUUUGAAAGGUACAUUGAUUGUUGCAGUAAAUAAGCGCCAUGAAAUUUGUACCUUACAUCAGACUGGUAAUCUCGUUCUUAAUCAAGAUUUGAUAAUGCAAUGUGUAGAAACUGCUAUGCAGCGAGCGAUCAAUGUUUCUGAAUUAAUAAGUUCAGUUAUCACCGACGAUAACCUUAAGAGCGGACUUGUUUCGCUUAACAUUUUGUCGUCGCAUCAAUGUGAGCCGAAUGAACUCAUCGCCCCUGCUGUUAAAAAUCAUGCUCUCAUUAUUGGAGAACGGGAUGAUAAGGUUCUUAUUGAGGAAGAUUUAAUACAAAUUGGUUCUGAAGAUCAGGAACUCAUUGAACAGAUAGCAGAAAUAACAGUUUCUCAAAAAAUACUGGAUCAAAGCUAUAAAGGCAGAACUGAAAUGGAUGAUGUGAAUGAUCUUCUCGACAGUAUUGAGGAGAAUUUUGCUAAUUCACAUUCUUAA